GCCACCGCCGCAGCCGCCGCAGCAGCACCAGCCGCCGCCCCAGGCCCCCCCCAUGGAGCCCGAGGCCCCGGAUUCCCGCAAGAGGCCCCUCGAAACGCCCCCCGAGGUGGUCUGCACCAAGCGCAGCAACACGGGAGAGGAAGGCGAAUACUUCCUGAAGGUGCUCAUCCCCAGCUACGCAGCAGGCUCCAUCAUCGGCAAAGGUGGCCAGACCAUUGUACAGUUACAAAAGGAGACGGGAGCCACCAUCAAGCUGUCCAAGUCCAAAGACUUCUACCCAGGAACUACAGAACGGGUAUGCCUAGUACAGGGUACGGCAGAGGCCUUGAAUGCUGUGCACAGCUUUAUCGCCGAGAAGGUCCGAGAAAUCCCUCAAGCGAUGACCAAGCCUGAGGUGGUCAACAUUCUUCAGCCCCAAACCACGAUGAACCCCGACAGAGCCAAGCAGGCCAAGCUCAUCGUCCCCAACAGCACGGCGGGCCUGAUCAUCGGCAAAGGGGGCGCGACGGUGAAGGCGGUGAUGGAACAGUCCGGCGCCUGGGUGCAGCUGUCGCAGAAGCCCGAAGGCAUCAACCUGCAAGAGCGUGUGGUGACCGUCAGCGGCGAGCCCGAGCAGGUGCACAAAGCCGUGAGCGCCAUCGUGCAGAAGGUCCAGGAAGACCCGCAGAGCAGCAGCUGUCUCAACAUCAGCUACGCCAAUGUGGCGGGGCCCGUGGCCAACUCCAACCCCACCGGCUCUCCCUACGCCAGCCCCGCCGACGUGUUGCCCGCCGCGGCCGCCGCCUCCGCCGCCGCCGCCUCGGGGCUGCUGGGUCCCGCCGGGCUGGCGGGCGUGGGCGCCUUCCCCGCCGCGCUGCCCGCCUUCUCGGGCACCGACCUGCUGGCCAUCACCAAUGGCUACCUCGGGGCCGGGGGCGGAGCCGGGGCUGGGGCCGGGGGUGGCCCCCUGGUGGCCGCGGCGGCCGCAGCCGGGGCGGCGGGGGGCUUCCUGACAGCGGAGAAGUUGGCAGCGGAGAGCGCCAAGGAGCUGGUGGAGAUUGCGGUGCCCGAGAACCUGGUGGGAGCCAUCCUGGGCAAAGGGGGGAAGACGUUGGUGGAGUACCAGGAGCUGACGGGUGCGCGCAUCCAGAUCUCCAAGAAGGGCGAGUUCCUGCCAGGCACGCGGAACCGGCGGGUCACCAUCACGGGCAGCCCCGCGGCCACGCAAGCCGCUCAAUACCUCAUCAGCCAGCGGGUCACCUACGAGCAGGGGGUGAGGGCCUCAAACCCCCAGAAAGUGGGAUGAGGCCUGUGGUGUGUGUUCCCACCCUCUCCCCCCCUUCCCUUCUCCCCUCCCCACCCCUCCCGCCAGACCUCAGCUUGGUGUGAUCCUGCUGGCCUUGGGAUGGGGCCGGGGUAGGCCUGGCUGCAACCUCCCCUUCUGGUAGUCAUAGGCAGGAUUGCGUGGUGGCUGGAGAGGGGGCUCCAAAGCCCCCUCCCCAUCCUUGAACUGACCCCUCCUCCCUCCCUCCCUGUGCUUGACUGGGCCUGACUCCAUGCCCAGGGUCCAGGUCUGUGUGAUAUCUGUAUAUAUGCAUUUUGUUGAUUUUAAUAGAAAACAAAGCGUUAUUUUCUCUUUC